CUGGCUGCUGAUAAUUUCUACACCAAUAUCAAAACAAAAAGGUUAGGAGAAUUAAGAGGAAGACGUAUUCUUCGCGGAAUCGGCUGUCACGCGACCUUCAAAUUUGCAUAAGACACGCAGUUGAACAGCGAGUUCCUGAAGGAAAUCGAUUGAAGGAUGGUUCGAGCUUGGUUCAUGGACACUUCUGAUGCAGACCAACGGCUGGAGCAUCAUAGAGAUCCUCCUCAGUUCAUAGACCUUGAUGAGUUGUACAAGACUACUGGUGUUGAAUAUUUUAAGUUGAAUCCAAAAACAUUUAUAGAAGAUGGAGAACUUGAAAAAAUCAAGAAAGAGCGUGGAUACACAUAUGAAGACGAAAUCACUUGUUCAAAGAACUGUUUACCAAACUAUGAAGAAAAGCUGAAGAGCUUUUUCACUGAACACCUGCAUACAGAAGAAGAAAUAAGAUUCGUACUCGAAGGUUCAGGAUACUUUGAUGUACGAAAUGGAAAUGAUGAGUGGAUUCGUAUUGAAGUUUUACCUGGUGAUAUGAUCAUAAUUCCUAGUGGAAUAUACCAUCGAUUCACACUUGAUACAAAGAAUUUUAUUCGCGCUAAAAGGUUCUUUAUUGGAGUACCAGUGUGGACACCACACAACAGGCCAGCUGAUGAGAUGGAUUGUCGAAAGCAGUAUCUUAAACAGUUAGAAAAUGGGUUUGAAGCAAGGCAAAGAGGACUUGGUAGUUCAUAAAUUCUCUUGUAUGUCAGAUUUUAGUCUAAGGUUCAGUUUUAUGGUAAAACAUUAUAAAUGGGAAAUAUUGUAUAUCACCAUGUAAAGUUAUAAAAUGGGUCAUAACUUUUUUUUCUAUGGUUCUGGGAACAAUUGUAAUCAAUUAUGAUAUUAUGUGGCAGGAUAAGGAAAAUCUCAUUUCUUGAAUAUGAAAGGUAGCUUAUCAUAACAUUGUUAAUAAAUCUAUGCAUUUCUUUGUUCUCGCUAUCACAUAGAGUAUUUUAAACUACAGGAACUGUUGUCCUUCAAUCUAGAAUCUAUGUACAUCUCUCAGCAGACAUGGGACAGUGAAUAAAAACCUAUUGAUCUUCAUAUACUGGCAUUGAUUCAAAUAAUAUAUCUUUUCCACUAUGCCAGUGUUUUUAUUGCUCUUUUUUUUUUAAUUUAAAAUGUGUUUUAAGUUGCUGCAGUGUACAAAAAUUAUGUUAAUUUUGCCAAAAUGUAGGUAACAGUUUCUCACAUAUUCAGCAAACCAAUUUUAAUCUGAAUCUGUUCAGUAUUCCAAAAUAAUGUACUGCUUUUUUUACAUUAUUUACAACAUGAUUUCAGUUCCAUACAUAGUUAAUAAUUUUUACUUUUUCAAUAGGCUCUGAAGUCGUUUGAGAUAGGUAGAGAAGUUUCUAGGUAUGAUUGCCAAAGUAAGAUUGUUGAAUAUUUCUUUGUGAUUUCCACAAUUUAAAAAAAACUUUCAUUUAGUAAAAAAUUUGUUACACCUCUCGAGUGUGCUAUCUUAAAAGAAUUAUUAUACAGCCACAAUGAGGCUAGUGGUCAGACAAGAAAGAGCUAAUCAGGGAAUGUUUUAGCUUUGUGAUUCAAGUCCUGCUAUGUUUAUGGCUGCUGCAAAUCAGACAAGAAAUUCUUUGUGUGAGGUAUAUGUGAAACAACUGUGGUUUUGACUCAUUCCCAAGAUUUAAAUCUUAUGUUGCUUUGGUAAAUAACACACUUUGUCUGAUUUGCAGAGAAAGUCCAGUUGCAUUUAGAAAUUAUGUCUGUGUCCAGUCUCCAUAUUCAAGUUAACAGAAAUACAGUGACUGCUGAAUUAUUAGAACAACUGAAGAUGUAAACUGAAUCAUGAGAAGGGUUAGAAGAAUGAUUGAAAGUUCUUUCAGAUGUCUCUAGUUAAUAUGAAAUCACAAUGUGUAUGUCUUAUUUGACAGAUGGAAAAAAAGUAGAAAUGUUAAAAAUAUAACCAUAAAAGUCAGCUUAUUUUAACUUUUUGUCGAUAAUCUGAAUCACAUAUGAAAGGGGGGAAAAGGGAAUGUAAAUGAAUAUAGAAUACAUUUAACAUAAACUUACAUUGGAGAAGCAGUAAUGUAUCUGAUAUUAUAAGGCUGUGACUAAAAUGGUAUUCUCAUCAAAGAAGAUCAUUUUGUAAAUAAAAAUUAGAGAUAUUUGUGGCUAUUAUUUUUUUAAAGAUUUUUCUGCAUAUGUGGCAUAUAUAUAUUUCAGUAUAUUGUAAUGUUGUUACUUUUAAAUAUAUGGAAGUUCUGAAGUUCUCAAAA